ACACCAAUAGACGUCCCCAAUAUUAUUUUAUUUUAUUAUUUAUCUUUAUAUUUAAUUUAGUUUUCAAUAUUUAAUUUCUAAAUACUCGGUUUCUUUUAUAAAAAAACACUGCCGGACGUCCCUUCGUUAAUACACCCUGAAAUACAUGUCUUAUUCCUAAUAUUUAAAAUGUUGUUUAAUGUUAAAAAUUCAAGCAUUUAUUUGUGUGUUCGAGUAUUAAUUUAAAAUGUCACUCAAUCAAGAAGUUAAAAACAUUAUGCUACAAAAUGAUGAAACAAAAUUGAUCGCUUUGAAAGAUAUAUUACAAAAAAAUAUUAGUUCUUGUAAUAAUACGAUUCUUGUCGACUCUUUCGAAGAAGAAAAAACUCUUAAAAAUUUUGAAAUCUAUCUGCCAAAGAGUUUUAAAGAAAAACAUAAUGGCAGUUAUGUUGUUUUAAGGUCUCAAUCAACUGGAAACUGUCUGUACAGUUCUAUCUCCUUACGUCUUACUGGAAAUAACUGUAUAGUUAACGAUUUAAGAUUACAGACCUCAAUUGAGCUAUUCUUAAAUGCCGAGUUUUAUUCUAACCAUCCAACUUUUCAUUAUGCUUUUAUUAACAAUACUAGCUCUUUUCUUUGCUAUGAUAACAUUCUUCCUUUAUCAGUAUCACUAAAUUCUUUGGAUUCUGGAAAAAAAAGUAAAGAUUUAGUUCAAGAAGAAGCUAUUAACAAUUGUAACAAUGAAAACUGGUCUUCUUUCCUUUGUAUUCUUGCAUUAUCAAGUGUUUGCAACAAGAAAAUAGAAUGUUUGUAUCCAGAUUUUGGUCUACAGAAGUAUAAAAUUUUAUUCAGCUCAACUAUUUUACCUCGUAUAACUUCCUUAAACACUAUUGAGUCUUUACAUCUCCUUUUUUGUUAUGAAGGUGUAUUAAAUGAUUUUUCCGCUCCUUUUCAACACAACCAUUAUACCCCUGUGAUAAUAAAAGAAAACUUAAAACGAAAAAAUUUAAACAAAAGCUGCAAAAUGUUGCAGACUAAAAUAAAAUUUUAUUUCGAGACCAAACAUCAAGAUAAUAACUAUUCGUUGGACAAUUUAAAAAGUAAACCAAUGGAAGUCUCUAGUCAACCCCCAUUAUCAUUAUCAAAUUUUAGUAAAAUUACAUGUUGCGAAUCAUUUUCUUUACCUUCCAAUAAUUAUGAUAUUGGUUAUUUGGUUUCUAACUAUACUAGUUAUUCAAGUAUUGCAAAAACCUUGAGUAAUUCUGAACUUCAACAUUUAGUUAAAGAUGUUUUUGUACCUUGUAAAACAUUUUCUUUUCCUAAAAAUCUUAAUGGGCGAAGUUUUCAAUUUAUGUGGAUAGAAAAAUUUCCAUGGCUCACAUAUUCGAAAAUAUUCGAUGGAGCCUUUUGUUUGCCAUGUGUACUUUUUGGGUGUAAUUUUCCAUCUGAAUGUAGUUUAGUCGAAAGAUUAUUUUGUAAGCCUUUUGAUCGCUGGAAUGAUGCUUCUCGUUACUUUCAGAAACAUGCAUUUGGCAAAAACAAUAAUAAGUCUGUCUGCAGAAAUAAAGGCUUACAUGUAAAAACUGCUGAAGUUUUAUUUUCAUUGUCGUCGAUUUGGUCUUCUAAAACAGAAUCAAUAGAUAUUACAUCUCAAAAAAUAGUUCAAUCACAGGUUUCUAAAAACCGACAGUUAUUACAACCAAUUAUUGAAACAAUUAUUCUCUGUGGACGUCUUGGUCUUUCUUUACGAGGCCAUAGAGACAAUUCAGAGUUUCAUCCUGAAAAUAGUGAGUCUUUUAAUCAUACUGUUGGAAAUUUUAUUGAAUUAUUACAUUUUCGUGUUAAAGCUGGUGAUAAAGUUCUUGAAGAUCAUCUUAAAUAUCAUCAACAAAAUGCUUCUUACAUAUCUAAGACAUCACAAAAUCAGUUAAUAAGGUGUUGUGGAGAAGUUAUUACUGACACAAUAAUAGGAGAAAUUAAAAAUUCUAAAUAUUUUUCUAUUAUUGCUGAUGAAGCUUCUGACAGUUCAAACAAAGAACAGCUAUCAUUAGUUAUACGGUUUGUUGAUUCAAAGUUUAAUAUAAGAGAAGAAUUUAUCAGUUUUUUACAUUGCACAAAUGGUGUUACUGGUCAAGGAUUAUUUGAUAUUUUGUUAAAAAGUAUUUCAGAUUUUUCUUUAGAUAUAAUGAAUUGCAGAGGACAGUCAUAUGAUGGUGCUGGAGCAAUGGUUGGUCACACCAAAGGAUUGUCCUCUCGUAUUUUAAUUCUAAAUGAAAAAGCUACAUUUGUUCAUUGCUAUAGCCAUAGGCUUAAUUUAGUUAUUUGUGGCUCGUGCAAUGUGCAAUAUGUCAAGAAUCUUCUUUAAAAAAAUUAAAAGAUGUUUGCAGAACACGUUGGGUGGAAAAAGUAAAUGGUUUAGAUACUUUUCAAGAACUUUUUAUUCCUUUGGUCUCUUGUCUUGAAGAAAUGUCUUUAAAUGCCAAUAAGAGUUUUAAUCAUUCAACAGCUUCUAGUGCAUCAUCCCUUCUGAAACUAAUUACAGGUUUUGAUUUUAUUGUUGCUAUGUGCAUAACAAGAAAUGUGUUUGACUUAACUCUUCCCAUAACGCGAAUGUUGCAGUCAAAGAGUAAUGAUAUUUAUGAUGGUUUGAAUCUUAUUCGGGCGUUAAAAGAUGUUGUGAUUUCACUUAGAAAGAUCGUUGAUCAACACCAUAAAAUGUGCUAUGAACAGGCUUUAAAAAUUGCACAAAGUAUUAAUGUAGCUGAAGCAAAGCCAAGAACUUCAUUUAUUUCCAAAAACAGAGAUAAUACUCCUUCUGAAUCUAUUUCUGAUUAUUUUAAGUUAGUUAUCACGAUUCCUUUAUUAGACCAUCUAAGUGUGGAACUAGACACAAGGUUUGAUGAUACUACCUUAAAAUGUUAUAAAGCACUUGUGCUAGUUCCUACAAAAAUGAUUUCAGUAGUGCAAUGUUCUCAUGACACCAGUUGGAAAGACUCCAUCAUAUCUUUCAGUGACUUUUACGCAACAGACUUACCGAAUCCGCUUGCUUUGUCUGGUGAGCUUGAUUUAUGGGAAGCCUUCUGGUUAAAUUUUGAAGGAGAUGUCCCUUCUAAUAUUUCCGAGACGUUAAAAGCGAUAAAUUUUCCUGGUUUUGAAAACAUAAAAGUUUGUCUUAAGUUACUUGCUACCUUUCCAUUAACUUCAUGUGAGUGGUAGCGGACAUUUUCUUCACUUCGGCGCCUAAAAAAUUAUAUGCGAAGCACCAUGGUUCAGGACCGUCUAAAUGGUUUAGCAUUAAUGAAUAUUCAUUCAGAAAUAGUUAUAGAUAUCAAUAAAGUCAUUGAUAAGUUUGCCACUAAUAAUCGUAGAUUAACUUUCAAAUAAAUAUAAAAUAUAUUUAAAAAAAAAAUUUUUUUAAUAAAAAAAUGCAAAA